GAGGGUCAAUCUUUGCCUUCCAAUCUAACCCAAAAAAAAAAAAAAAAAAUUGUUGCCAAAAUAAGCUUGUGUGUUUCUGUUCUAUCUUCCUUAUUAAUUUUCUCCUCUCUCUUUCCAUUAAUCUAAACCCAUAUAUAAAUAAACUCUCUCUUAGGGUUAGGGUUAUGUUGUUAGUUCUCCUUUGCUGAGAAUUCCCUAAAGAAAAAAAAAAGAGAGAAAGCUUUCUCCUUUUUUUCCCUUUGUAAAUUUGAACAACCACCAAAAUCAGCAAAGAUUGGUGGGUUUAGAGCUUUAGGGGAUUCCAAAACCAUGAAGAAAAGGCUGGUGGUGGUGAGGAAAUCUGAUGGCUCUAACGGGCGACGAAACCACCACUGGUCCAGUUCGGGAUCGGAGGUGCGGUACGCAGAGUGCCAGAAGAAUCACGCGGCGAAGCUCGGGGGGUUCGCGGUGGACGGAUGCCGAGAAUUCAUGGCAAGAGGAGAGGAUGGGACUGAGGAGGCUCUGAAUUGUGCUGCUUGUGGUUGCCACAGGAAUUUUCAUAGAAGGGAGGUUGAUGCUGAAGUUGUUUUUGAGUAUUCUCCUCCAAACUCCAAUUAAUUUUCAUUUAAUUGAAAGGAUCAUCAAAUCAUCAAUCAUCAUCAUAAAAACUUCAAAUUGACUAAAAGGGUUUGUGUUUUAUGUAUAAUGUUUUCUAUGGUCUGGUUUUUCUUUGAUUUUUAGUUUUGCAUUUUGAUCAUGUAAAUCUGAUCAUCAGUAACCAAACAUUAUAUGAUGGAUUAUUGGGGAAGGAAAAAUUAGAAAGAAAAAGAAAAAACAAAUAUUAAUAAUUUGAUUUUCAGUUUUUGUUUUUUUGGUUCUUGCUUUUCUUCAAGAAUAUAUUGAUUCAAGGGUUUCUCUCUUUAUUACA